AUGGAGAAUUUUUUUUUUCUUUCAGGAUUUUGUCUUUAUUUAUUCUUCCGGUUUUGUUUGCCGUCCUCGGCAAUUUUUCUCUCCUUCAAUCUGAUCUUCCCUUCUUUUCUUUUCGAAUUUCACCACGAACAGUUUUAUCGCUCUCGUUUUUUGCUUUCGAAGUCAGUCACGAAUUGUUUUCUUUCUUUUAUUUUCGAAUUCCGUCACGAACCGUUUUAUUUGGCUCUCUUUUCUUUUCGAAUUCCGCUACGAAUUUAUUUUUGUUUUUGCUUUUAUUUUCGAAUUCUAUUUUCGAAUUCUGUCACGAAGAGUUUUAUUUUUCUCUCUUUUCUUUUCAAAUUACUUCAUGAACCAUUUUAUAUGUCUUUCUUUUCUCAUCGAAUUCCCUCACGAACCGCUAAAUUUGUCUCUUUUUUUUUUGAAUUUAAUAAUGUCACGAAUUUUCUUUCCAGAAUUUUCGGAUUACGUCACGAACUGUUUUCUUUUUUCUUUUCGAAUUCGUCACGGACAGUUUUACGUUUCUCUCUUUUCUUUUCGAAUUCCGUCACGAACUUCUUCCUCUUUUCUUUAUUUCCCAUCACAAUUUAUAUUUUUCGACUAGGCCGAUAUUCCUUCUUUCGUUCUUUCUUUCUACUUCACUUUUCUUUCCUUCUUUUUUGUUUCUUUUUCUUCUUCUUUUGCCGUUUUUCUUUUUCUUUGAUUCUCCUUGCUUUCUUUCUUUCUAUUUUUCUUUCUUUCUUUCUUCUUUCUACCUACUUUCUGUCAUUCUUACUUUUUCUUUCUUUUUCUUUUUUCUUCUUUUCUUUCCAGUUAAGUAUUUUCUCCCUUCUUAAUUUCAUUCUACAUUAUUUCCUUCUUUCUUUCUCUCUUCAUUCUUACUUUUUCUUUCUUUCUUACGUCAUACUUUUCCUUCUUUCAUUUUUUUCUUUCUUUCGUUUUCUUGUUUUCUUUUUUCACCUUUAUAUUUUUAUUUCCUUCUUUCUUUCUUCUUCUUUCUUUCUCUCUCUCUCUCGCUCUAUCUUCAGUUUUUCCUUUCUUUCAUACUUUUUCUUUCUUUUUUCUUUCUGCUCUUUUGCUUCUUUCUUUUCUCUCUUUUUUCUUCUUGCUUUCUGUCUACUUUUUACUUUAUUUAUUUCUCCCUUCAUUCUUACUUUAUCUUUCUUUCUUUCUUUCUUUCUUUUUCUUACUCUCGUUUUCUUUCUUUCUUUCUUUCUUUCUUUCUUUCUUUCUUUCUUUCUACUUUUUCUUUACUUAUUUUUCUUUCUUCUUCUUGCUUUCUUUCUAUUUCACCUUCUUUCUUUCAUUUAUUUCCUUCUUCAUUUUUUCUUUCUUUCUUUCUUCUUCUUGCUUCCUUUCUUCGUUUUUAUUUUUUUCCCCUUGUGUCUUUCUUUCGUUCUUCAUUCUUACGUCUUUUUCUUUUUUCUACUUUUUUCCUUCCUUCUUUCUUUCUUUUUCUUUUGUCUUCUUGCUUUCUUUUUUCUCUACUUUUUCUUCUUUUUUUCCCUGUUUAUUCUUACUUUUUCUGUCUUUCUACAUUUUGUUUUCUUCUUUUAUACUUUUUUCUUCUUUCGUUGUUUUUCUUUCUUUCUUCUUUUCUUUCUACUUAUUUUUUUUUCUUUCUUUCUUUCUUUCUUUCUUUCUUUCUCCGUCUAUCUGUUUUUCGUUUUCUUUCUUUCUUUCUUUCUUUCUUUCUUUCUUUCUUUCUUUCUUUCUUUCACUUUUUCAUUGAUUUUUCUUUUUUAUUUUCUCCUUGCUUUCUUUCCUUCUACUUUUCCUUCAUUCUUUCUCUCGUCAUUCUUACUUUUUCUUUCUUCCUUUCUCUCUUUUUCCUUCUUACUUUCUCUCUUCAUUCUUACUUUUCUUCCUUUCUUUCUACUUAUUUUUCUUUCUUCUUUUUGCUUUCUUUCUUUUUACAUUCUUACUUUUUAUAUCUUUCUUUUUCUUUCUUUCUACUUUCUUUCUUUCUCUCUUCAUUAUCACUUUUUCUUCUUUUCUUACUAG